CGCAUCACUCCAUCAACACGACCCGUCAGCGCUUCAGCAUCUAAUCAUCAGUCUUGAAUAUUCUGGCAGCAGUUGUAUCUUCUCUGUAUCAUUACGACAGAAAAUCUAAUGAAUCGCUGCUGUUAGCUUUGGCCCAUCUAUCGGGAAUCCGCGCGUCGCACAAGAAAGUCUGGCAGAAGAAUUUUACUGAUCGCAGUCCGCAAAGGAAUGGCCCUCGGAUCAGUCCGACAACAUGCAGGCAAUCGAGGGGACGGCAGCCGACUCAAAAGCAAAAUUCCCUCCUGUUUCGGACAUCAUUCUUGCUCUGCAAGACAUUCUUGCACGUUCACAAGUGCCCAUUCCAGACCUCGAAACCCCAUACUCCCAAGUCACUUCCCCCAAUACAAACUACAUUGCCAUCGAGCUCAAAGAUCGGACCGUCAUCAGCACCAUCAUCAUUGAACGCCACCAACAGCUAGAUGCAAUUUUGCACGAGAUGUCAGGUCUGGACACAGUCAUGGAUAGUAUCCAAAAUCUUCGUCAGAAGCUCGUCGAACAGAGGGACAAAAUUGUCCAGUCCAUGACUCUGCACAAGAGACUUGCAUCAGCUGUCUGGCGCCUGCCACCUGAAAUUUUAUCCCAUAUUUUCAUGUAUUGUCUCCCGGAAGAACAAUACUUGUCGCCUACGCCACAGCUGGCCCCCAUGCUGCUGACAAGAAUAUGCAGACGAUGGAGGGAUGUUGCUGCGGCCACGCCUGGUUUAUGGUGCAGACUGUUUGUGGACGUCGACUACAGUGACUGGCAGCCAACAACCUUCGGUUGUAAUUCGUGGCUCAAGAGAUCACGACAAUAUCCUCUCUCGUUAGCAGUAAAGUUCCUUGCAGGUGGUAUCACCAACCAACGAAUCCUUCUUCAACCCUACCUGAAUCAAAUAUCGUCUUUCUUUGCAUAUUUUCCCUUAUAUUGCACCGACACUCCAUUUAUGUUAACAGAACUCGUGGCACUUCAGGAGCUGGUCAUACAUAAUCUUGAUUAUAAUCCAGCUCUUGUACUAUGGAUCUCGCAACUGCCACUCACCCUUCGCAGUCUCAAGAUGACUGGGGCGGGGCUUAAUUUCGAGCAGCUGUCUUCUUUAAAUCCCACAUGGCCCCACCUAACAAAUGUCCAUGCCAGAAUACUUAAAGAGAGUCAAGUCCUCAUGUUGCUCCGCCUAUGUCCCAACCUCUCCUCAUUAACGACUCGCAUGAGACCCGGACGGCAGGCAUUAGUGCCAUACACGCACACCAAACUUCAAUCCUUUCGCAUCACGGCUCCACGCACACCCGAUCGCUGUCUACUUCGCCUGAUGAAUGCUCUUUUACUCCCCGAUUUGCGAGUGCUUGAGGCUAUCAAUGUAACACCGUGGCCUCACAAGGAGUUCAAGGCAUUUUUGGCACGCUCGAGGUGUCCCCUGGAGACCCUGAUUUUUGGCGCCGGAGUGACUAUAAAAAAUGACCAGCGAUCGGAAUACAUUGCCCUCAUUCCUUCCCUUGAAGUAGUAGUGGAUCCUGAGCUUCCUAAUUGCCAUGACUUACUCGUUUUGCAGUAUAUCAAAUAUUCUUCAUACCAUCUAGUAUAGUACGACUAUAGAUCUCUCCAAGCAGUCAAUAAUUUAUGAUUGACAGUCACUAACAGUUUGUGCCGUAUAGCGCACGCAUGAGUUGGCGUUUCUGCCGUGGAGUGAAGCAAGAGAUGCUUUCGAGGCGUUAGUAAAGGAGGGCGUUGUUAAGAAGCGGUGUAGACGCCCGCCCGUGAGGGGUAGGGACAGUGGGAUGAUGAGACGAUGAACCAGAGCCUUGUGUGACUGUCGUGUAGUGUUGAUGUCCUAAGUUCACGUGACAGGGAACGACCCAAUUUGUG